GUCGGGUGCCAUUAGGCCACUCUCGCCGCCUGAAAGCUCCCACUCAUCUUAGAAUCGCAAUCUCUCUUCUCGAUACGGGGUUUUGCAGAGAAGAAUAGCGGUCAGCGGUGAUCCUCCUUCCAUUGAUCGACCAGAUAGGCUGCGAAGAUGGUGUUGGCACAGCUCGGGGGGAGCAUCUCGCGUGCUCUCCAGCAGAUGAGCAAUGCGACCAUCAUCGACGAAAAGGUCCUCAACGAAUGCCUCAACGAGAUCACCCGCGCCCUCCUCCAAGCCGAUGUGCAGUUCAAGCUCGUCCGCGAUAUGCAGACCAAUAUCAAGAAGAUCGUCAAUCUCGAUGAUCUCGCCGCUGGCCACAACAAGCGCAAGAUCAUUCAACAGGCCAUAUUUAAUGAACUCUGUAAAAUGUUGGAUCCUGGGAAGCCUUCUUUCACUCCAAAGAAAGCAAAAACAAGUGUAAUCAUGUUCGUUGGUUUACAAGGGUCUGGCAAAACCACAACGUGUACAAAAUAUGCAUACUAUCAUCAGAAGAAGGGUUGGAAACCUGCACUGGUGUGUGCAGAUACAUUCAGAGCUGGUGCUUUUGACCAGCUAAAGCAAAAUGCCACUAAAGCUAAGAUUCCUUUCUAUGGAAGGUACUCAGAGUCAGAUCCUGUGAAAAUUGCUGUUGAAGGUGUGGAAAGGUUUAAGAAGGAAAGCUGUGAUCUUAUAAUUGUUGACACCAGUGGUCGCCACAAACAAGAAGCUGCACUCUUUGAAGAAAUGCGUCACGUUUCAGAAGCAACGAAACCAGAUCUUGUUAUAUUUGUUAUGGACAGCAGUAUUGGUCAGGCUGCAUUUGACCAAGCUCAAGCCUUCAAGCAAAGUGUUUCGGUUGGAGCUGUUAUUGUUACCAAAAUGGAUGGUCAUGCAAAGGGAGGUGGUGCCCUUAGUGCUGUUGCAGCAACAAAGAGUCCUGUCAUAUUUAUUGGAACUGGAGAGCAUAUGGACGAGUUUGAAGUUUUUGAUGUUAAACCAUUUGUUAGCCGUCUCCUGGGCAUGGGUGACUGGUCUGGUUUCAUGGACAAAAUUCAUGAAGUUGUUCCCAUGGAUCAACAGCCUGAGCUUCUUCAAAAGCUUACCGAAGGGAACUUUACCCUAAGAAUCAUGUAUGAGCAAUUUCAGAACAUACUUAGAAUGGGUCCAAUUGGCCAGGUAUUUUCAAUGCUUCCAGGAUUCAGUGCAGAGUUGAUGCCUAAAGGUCGUGAGAAGGAAAGUCAGGAAAAGAUCAAGCGAUACAUGACCAUGAUGGAUUCAAUGACAAAUGAAGAGUUGGAUAGUUCCAAACCAAAGCUCAUGAAUGAAUCACGUAUGAUGCAAAUAGCAUGGGGAUCGGGCCAUCAUAUUAGAGAUGUAAUGGAGAUGAUGGAAGAGUACAAGCGCCUUGCAAAGAUUUGGAGCAAGAUGAAGGGGUUGAAGAUUCCGAAGAAGGGCGAAAUGAGUGCUCUAUCAUGCAAUAUGAAUGCUCAGCAUAUGAGUAAAGUUCUGCCUCCACAGAUGCUGAAGCAGAUCGGUGGCAUGGGUGGUUUACAAAACUUAAUGAAACAGAUGGGCUCUGCCAAAGACAUGAUGGGAAUGUUUGGAGGUGGCGACAAGUAGUUUCUGGAUGGCUGCUGCUGCGAAGUUCAAAUUCUUGACCAAAUCAUGUAACCCUGUCAUGGCAGGAUGAUAAUUCAUCCAAGCUUCUGGAGUUGGGCUAAUUUAACCAGCUGCUCUGCUGGGGUUGGUUCUUAAGAGGGGCAUGCAUUCCCGAUCUUGUAACAUUAUAGGCUGGUUGUAGUUUUUUUAUAUGAAAAAAAUUGUACGUAUUCAAUUGAGAGAAUUAUGCGUGGAACAAAUUGUGGAUUUUGAUGUUAGAGUUUUAGAUAUGGAGUGAAAGAUCAUUUAUUUUUCA